AUGUACCAUAUAUACGUAUUUUAUUAAUUUCUAACGUUGAAUUUGCUGACGCAGGAAUGAACCGGGCAAAUAAUUCGGGUUGGUAUUUUUGGAAAAGGAAAACGAAAACAGAAAGAGCAAAGAAAAUCGACAGGGCUAUAGCAACAUACGCUGGAAACUCUCGAUGGCGUCAGUACGGGUAUCUAGAAAAAAUUCUAGAAAAAAUUAGGGAUGUAGAGGAUGUAGAAAAAAUUAAGGCUGAUGAGAACAUUGAGUGGGGAGAGAAGAGGUCGUUCAGAUAUAUAAGAGAUGGCGAGAAAACAGAAUGGUUGAUGAGAGAAUACAUCUUGGACUCAAGCCGUGUUAAAGUUGGCAGGGAUGAUGAUAUUGUUUUUUGUAAAAUAUACAAGAAGCGUGGUGGUUGCCCGGAAAGUCCCCAUGUUGGGUCAAGUGAUGGCAUUCCACAGCCGGACCAAAUGAUUCAAAAUGCUGCAGCCAGUUCAACAACUUUAGAAGUUCCUUCGCCUUGGGGGACUCAUUCAGGAGAUGAUACACUGUCCAGAAUGUACUAUUUGCAGUCACCAACUGCAUCUUUCUCAACUGUUGAGCCACGCACCACAGAUAUCUUUUCAACUUUGCCACCAGUUGAUGAAUUUUCAGAUUUUGAUUUUGACCAAAUUUAUUAAGAGGACUAUUGAUUUUAAUGUGAUUUUCAAUACGAAAAGAUUAGCACAAAAUAUAUAUAUAUAUAUAUGCAUGUAUAACAUUCUCUGUGUGUACUUUAAUCUUUAUGAGUUCAUCCAAAGUUAAUUUCAAUGGAUUAUAUCUUUGUCUUUGUAUUUAGUCCUCGGAUGCAGGGAGUUUCUUAUUAAUUUCGAAGGAUUUUUUUAUUUUAAAAAAAAUAAUUUUAAAAC